AUCUGUCUCAAAUUAGCAGUAGUUGAUAAAAAAAUUCACAACUCGUAUCAAAAUAAUCUGAAUGACUGAUUAAAUAAAAAUAAAAGUAGUUGGUAGAAGAAAGUUAUUACAAAGACUUUUGAGUAGUUGUUCUGGAAACCAGUUCGGUUUUAGAUAACAGGUCGUCGCUGGUCUCCGAUCUGAUCCACUGACGACAUCACUUUCGUCAUCGCCCCGCCGCCAACUGCGACCGCUUCGUACCAUCUCCAAUAUCUCGACACCGACGACGAGCUCCCUUUCGUCAAGAGUACUCAAGACACAACGAUUCCUCUUUUGAACUUAUUGGGAAAAUCCAGAACAGUUAAUGGCGGACGUGAAGCUCAUCGGCGCACCGCUAAGUCCAUACGUGCUACGAGCGAUAAUUGCUCUGAGCCUGAAGAAGGUGGAGUACGAGUUGCUGCAAGAGAAGUUCGGGAGCGAGCUGCUCCUCAAGUCGAAUCCCAUCUACAAGAAGAUCCCCGUCCUCAUCCACCACGACCGCCCCAUCUGCGAGUCGGCCGUCAUCGUGGAGUACAUCGACGAGGUCUGGCCAGAGUCCGGCUGGGGCGCCAUCCUCCCGGCUGACGCCUACCACCGCUCGCUCCACCGCUUCUGGACCUUCUACGUCGAUGACAAGUGGUGCCCGUCGUUGGUCGCCACAGGUAAGGCUGAAACAGAGGAAGCCAAGGCGGAGGCGGUGGAGCAGGUCCGCGCAGGGCUUCUGCUUCUGGAAGAAGCCUUCGUGAAGCUGAGUGAAGGGAAAGCCUUCUUCGGCGGCGAUCGCGUAUCGUAUCUGGACGUCACGUUCGGGUGCUUUGCGAAUUGGAUCAAGGCGGUGGAGCAGUUGGUGAGCGUGGAGCUGUUGGAUGCGGCGACGAUGCCGGCACUGCACGGGUGGGCGGUGAGGUUCCUCGAGCACGAGGCGGUGAAGGAGGUGAUGCCGGACAGCGGGAAGGUGCUCGAGUAUUUGAAGACCCUUCAGUCAAAGGGAAAGAAGGACGCUGCCGACGCCAAGAAUUAAUAACGCUUAGCAAUAUAAACAAAACCUGUGAGAUCGGUGAGAAUGAACAAGGCAACCCAACCCUUUUAGGCAUCAAUGGGAAUUAAAUUGUUGGGUUUAAAAAAUAAAUUUUCAUUUUUAAAUAUAUUAUCUUUGGUUGGUUUGAAUUUUUAGUUUAUAUAUAUAUAUAUACAAAUUUGUUAUACUACGGACUCUAUCCUGCGGAUUGUUACGGACCAACUGCCACAUCAUAUUAUUUUAUUUUU